AGGUAGCAUUUCAUUUAGACUUCGCUUAGUUCAGCUCAGUUCAGCUUUGAACGUUGUAACAUAUCGUUUAAAUAUUUGAUUUGCAGUUCUUGAUCCUAAUAGUAAUACGACAUCGUACAUAAAAACUACUUAUCUAAUUCUCAAUACUUCAGUAUUCUUCUCGAGUGCAACAUAACAUGUGAACGUACACAUGGGUAUCAACGCAUUAACAAGUUCCGUUAAGCUAUAACAACGGGUGAUCAAUGGAACAUCAGACUUCGCGCUCGCGCUGUCGUUUCGCUGACGUCCCUGUACGUUCGCUUUCUCACUUCGAAUGUUUCUAAUUACCAUCAGUGAGAUACAACUCAAUCCGCAAACCUCGUUGGACCAAAAAUUCAUUUCGUCCAGAAUGGUGAAUUUAAUACUCGCUUUCUCGCCCCUUGUGUUCUAAUACUUGUCCCUUGUGUGAUAAUUAAUCGCUCAAGUAUUGACUGGUCGAACAGUUGUUCGAAUUCGGAUCCACAAUGAGUUCCCAACCAAUUGUGGUACCUGGUGGUGACCACCGGUCUCAGCCAGAAACUCAUUCUGUAUCUGUUGGAAGUGCAUCUGAUUCAUUUAAAACCAUGACACCACCGAAUGUCAGCCGAUCACUUAGCAAUCGUAUUAGUGACAGUGGAUGUGGUACAUUAUCAAGUAAGCUAGAACCAGUGGAUCAACAACUUCGACGAAGCAGUGCUCAAGUACAAUCUGCAACAUUACCUAAACUUCCAUCAACAGAGUCCCUAUCGACAAGUGUAAAUUUAACAACUGCUGCACCUCCACUAUCUCCAGGGUUGUCUACAAUGGGGGAAGGCAAUCAGAAAACAGAUAAUACAUCUGAUAAGUCUUUAGAUUCUUGUAAAUUAACAAGAAAAGAAUCAUACAAGGCACAGAGAAAAAAUUAUCGAAUGGAGAAGAAACGAGUUGCUAAUGAACUUCUUAGUUCAUUUAAGGAUCCCACUGUUAUUGUGAUGAGUGAUUGGCUUAAAGUCCGUGGAACGUUGAAGAGUUGGACAAAAUUGUGGUGUAUUUUAAAACCUGGUUUGCUCCUACUGUACAAAAGCCCAAAAACAAAAAGCAAUCAUUGGGUGGGAACUGUUUUACUUAAUACGUGUCAAGUGAUAGAACGGCCGAGUAAAAAGGAUGGCUUUUGUUUCAAAUUGUUUCAUCCGUUGGAACAAUCGAUAUGGGCUCCCAGGGGCCCAGAAAAAGAGGCCAUAGGAGCUGUCGUACAGCCAUUGCCGACUUCUUACUUGAUCUUCAGAGCUCCUUCGCAGGCAGCUGGUAAAUGCUGGCUGGAUGCGCUUGAAUUAUCUUUACGUUGUUCCUCGCUAAUAAUUCGUUCUACAAGUGCGUUGCCUCGUACCCUACCACACGAUACUACAACAACUCACGAAACUCAGUGGAGUGAAGCAGAUUAUGAAAAACAUUUCGAUGAACAUGACCUGGACGACAUUAGCCAACCAGAAAACGGAGUGGCAGCUGACGCAGAGAUCAGUGCGUCUGACAGCGAAUCUGAAGGAUCGGCCAAAGAAGAUCAACCUGAAACAAUCAACGAAACCCCAUAUAUCGCGAAUGAACACGAAGUCCUUGGAUCAGCUGGAGAAGUUGUUACAGAAUUACAGGAAGAGCAGAAGUCUUUAAUAUGGUUCCUGAUGAAGCAAGUUCGACCAGGCAUGGAUUUAUCCAAAGUAGUUCUUCCAACUUUCAUCUUAGAACCUCGUUCAUUUUUAGAGAAGCUAGCUGAUUCCUAUUACCAUGCAGACUUAUUGUCUCAAGCUGUACUAGAAGAUGACGCGUUCACACGCAUGAAAGGAGUGGUCAAGUGGUAUUUAUCUGGUUUCUACAAGAAACCUCAGGGUUUGAAAAAACCAUACAACCCACUAUUGGGUGAAACUUUUCGCUGCUAUUGGCAGCAUCCUAAUGGUUCAAGGACUUUCUACAUAGCCGAGCAAUUAUCUCAUCAUCCGCCUAUAUCAGGUUUCUAUGUAACAAAUCGUCAAGAUGGAUUUACCAUUAGUGCUACGAUUAUCGCUAAAUCAAAGUUUUACGGAAAUUCGACGUCGGCUGUGUUAGAUGGAGUUGCAAUAUUAACAAUGUUACCUAGAGGAGAGGAUUACACCAUGACUGUACCAUAUGCUCACUGUAAAGGCAUCCUUAUGGGUACGCUAUCUAUGGAAUUAGGUGGAAAGGUUCAGAUAAAUUGUGAGAAAACGGGUUACCAUACUGAAAUAGAAUUUAAGCUCAAGCCAUUUCUUGGCGGUGCCGAACAAAUGAAUCAAGUCGCAGGAGCGAUACGUUUAGGAAAAGAAACUCUUGCAACUAUAUCGGGAUACUGGGAUGGUCAGAUUGUAAUUACGGACAAGAGAGCGGGACAGGAAAGUGUAUUCUUCAAUCCAACGCCAGAAGUGCGGAGGAAGCGAUUAAAGAAAUACACAGUACCUAUGGAACAUCAAGGUUCGUGGGAAAGCGAGAAAUUAUGGUACGAUGUGACUCAGGCAAUCAAUCGAGAUGAUCAAGUUGCUGCUACUGAUGCGAAAACUCAGUUGGAAGAAGCGCAGAGAGAACGUGCCAAAGAACGAAAACUUAAAGGGCAGGAAUGGGUUCCUAAAUACUUUGUCCAGGAUAUUAUAACUGGUAAUUGGGUAUAUCGACAUGCGGACGUUAGACCGUGGGAUCCAAGGAAUGAUGUCGUACAGUACGAACAAGAAUACAUUGUGCGCACUAAAACUAGGCAUAAGACACCAAUUAUGCGUACUGGUAGUAUUGUUUCGGCCGAUCCCCAGACACAGGUCCCGCUUCUCCAAGCAGAAUCUCGUUCUUCGCUGUCUGUGUUGAAAUCUUCGAAACGACAAUUAUCCAACAAUUUACCGUUAACUGAAACAGCCCAUGAUUCUGGAAGUUCAUCCGCCGAGGUGCAUUCAGAUUCUAGUCAGUCGAUAGGUAAAAGAAAACGUUCUACGGCGAGAAUAAUUGAUAUUGUGAAAGAUGUAGAACGUCGGAUGUUAGAAUAUGGUGAGAAACUUAAUCGUAUACAAUACAUAACAGAACAGCAUGCCAUAAGGCAAAGAGAACAGGGGGAGCAUCAUCAUACCAUAAGUAUGUUAAAGAGCUUUAUAGAUACGAUUCUUGUUAUUGUGAUUGUUUUCUUUGUGCAAUACUUUGUAAAAAUAUGGAACGAAGAGCCCAGCGGGGGUUGAAGAACGCGGUUAGAUAUCACAGUGUACGUUUUAUAUGUUAUUUAUCUUCUCUCAAUUCGAGUUGUCAGCUUCUAUCCAAGAAAGCCUUAAAUGGGAGAGACACCCUGAAGUUAAGUGUACCUAAUUUACACGUGUUUUUUGGUGGAGGCAAUGAAGCACGUUCUUUCUAAUAGAGUAUUGCUGAAGAAUAGAAUAAAGAAUUAAGAGUUCCAAGGAAUAUCUGUAGUCACGGUGCAAUCGUGUUUUUACUUAUAGUUUCGAAAAGCUUUACUCGACACCAUUGUAGGACAACACUUCCUUCGUAUUGAGAGAUGUAGAGUUCAUUUUUCUAGUGAUUACUAUAAGACAUUCAGUUCUUGUUAAACGGUCCUUACACCAACAAUGAACUGUUAAGGGUAAAGGAAUUGACUCUACAAUUUCUUUGAGCUUAUCAUGUACAUAAUAUUUGAUAUCAUAGUGCACGGGAAGUAAUUAUAUUUAUUCAGACAUCCUGAAGAUGUUGUAGUUUUUAAUGCAG